CAUUUCGUAAACAAAUGAAUGAUAAAGGGGAGACUCGAGUGUAUCGUCUUUGACUCUUCGUGUCUCUUAAAACUUCCUCCGUUUCACGUAGCUGGUAAUAAAUCUCCAAAACAAUCUCUGAAAAACUCAACACAAAAUCUGGAGUUCUUGAAAGAUAAACCGAUGGAGAAGGCAACUAAACAGACAAUUCCUCUACUCACCCAAUUCUCAAUGAGAAACUUCAACCUUACACACAGAAUAGUUAUGGCUCCGAUGGGGAGAUUGAGAUCAUAUGGUAACGUUCAACACCCUCACGUCGCCUUGUAUUACUCUCAGAGAACAACUCCGGGAGGUCUUCUCAUCAGCGAAGCCACCGGAGUUUCUGAAACUGCAAUGGCGUAUCAAAACAUGCCAGGGAUAUGGAGAAAAGAACAAAUAGAAGCAUGGAAGCCCAUCGUUGACGCCGUUCAUUCUCACGGCGGCGUCUUCUUCUGCCAGCUCUGGCACGCUGGUCGUGUUUCUCAUCGAGAUUGUCAGCCAAAUCGAGAAGCUCCGGUCUCUUCUACGGAUAAGCCAUUCGCCAACGAUCCAUCGAGUGAGUAUACACCUCCGAGAAGGCUAACAACUGAUGAAAUCCCCACCAUUGUUAAUGAGUUUCGUCUCGCUGCAAGAAACGCAAUCGAAGCUGGUUUCGAUGGAGUUGAGAUCCAUGGAGCUCACGGGUACUUGAUUGACCAGUUCAUGAAAGACUCUGUUAACGAUCGAGUCGAUGAUUACGGAGGAUCUCUAGAGAAUCGAUGCAGAUUCGCUUUAGAAGUAAUCGAAGCGGUGUCGAACGAGAUAGGACCUGAUCGCGUUGGAAUCAGACUCUCACCGUUCGCUAAUUACAUGGAAUCCGGAGAUUCAGACCCUCAAAGAUUAGGGCUUUACAUGGCUAAGUCGCUCAACAGAUUCGAGAUACUCUACUGCCAUAUGGUUGAGCCGAGGAUGAAAACAGCAAGUGAGAUAUUCGAAUGCACGGAAUCGCUUACGCCGAUGAGAAAGGUGUUUGAUGGAACGUUCAUUGUCGCCGGGGGUUAUACGAGAGAAGAUGGGAACAAGGCGGUGGCGGAGGGAAGAGCUGAUCUUGUGGCAUACGGACGACUGUUCUUGGCUAAUCCGGAUUUGCCUAGAAGGUUCGAGCUCGAUGCGCCGCUGACUAAGUAUGACAGACCAAGUUUCUAUAGUUUUGAUCCUGUCGUGGGUUACACUGAUUACCCUUUUCUUGAGACAAUAGAGUAAAUCUCUUGUCAGUUCAACUGUUAUGUAAGUACUGUAUGUCCAAUGUGAUGUAGCGAGGUUUACGUUCUUGAUGGGCCUUAUCCGGUGUUUGCGUGCCCAUCAAGCAAGAGUCGGUGUUUGGUUUUAUCGUUUUGAUUUCUUCGUUUGCUAGGAUAAUUUCUAUUGCGUUUGGCCUUAUCUUUUCAUUUAGGAUCAAGUUUCGUGAGUCUUUACACAACUCUAUAAAUAGAGCUUGUGACCACCUAUGUAUUCCAUCGUUGAUUUGAGAAUAAGAAAACCCAAAAACAGAGGCAAUUUAAUUUGCCCAUCCUGUCGUGGGUUACA